GUGGCCUUCUGCGGCUUUUAAUUUUCGAUGCCUCUGAUGAGCUAUCUCCAAGGGGAAACUGUCACAACAAAGACUCUUUGUAGCUUGUAUUAUCAACUGUAUUGUAUUCUCUAAGAGUUUUUACGCCAUAAACGCAACUGCGAGAUAUCCGCAUACAAAUUGAAUAAAUAGUCUUAUGCUGAGGGAAGAAGCAAUUAAAAAGAAUUAUCUUAGCAGUGAUUUAAUGAAAGAGUUGCGGGAAUGAUGUCAGUGGCUCGUGUAAUACAAGACUUGAAAUUGAAAUCUGAAUCACUCAGACAAAGUAACAAGACGUGCGGUACAGCUGCUGAAACCUAAAACGAGUGACCUUUCAAGCUCGUAAAAUUAUUCCAUAGUCUCUAUGAAUUGUUCUGGAAUAAAAACUAAUCCGGAAAAGGUCCCUAGUCCGCAUCCACUUAACAUCAAGCGCUGAAUAACGAAACAGUUUCUAAAAAUGUUGCACGUUUGGGGAUGCGGACAGUUUGGUCAGCACGGGCAAGGCAGUGGAGAGAAUGUAUCGCCAAUGGAUGGUGUCCUGCAAGAGCUGAAAAACGAAACUGUUCGGCUGAUUGGCUGUGGUGCAAGCCACACCAUCAUCGUUACAGAUAGCAAAAAGCUUUUUGGGUGGGGUAAUAACUCGAAUGGCCAGCUCGGCAUUAAAAUCAGCGAGAAAGGGAGAAAUCUAUACGAAAGGCCUAAACUCAUAGAAUCCUUCGAUGGAGACAUUGUUGGAAUUAGUUGUGGCAGUCAGACAUCUAUCAUUUGGUUCAAAGAUGGAAGCUGCAUGCGUUUUGGUAAAGAACGCUGUCAUAAUGAAGGCGGAAGGAGUCGUAGAAGUUGUUUUGAUCUAGGGAAAUGGGUGAAAGUGGAAAUCGAGGAAAGAUACAUCUUACGAAGAUCUCAGGUUAAAGACGUUGCAUGUGGAGCAAGACAUACAAUGUACCUGACGGAAAGAGGCUUGGUUUAUGCGAGCGGUGCCAAUAAUAGGGGUCAACUUGGUUUGGGCAGUAAGGUCGAGACGUCUGUGCCACAACAGGUGACAAAAUUGCCAAAUUUGGUAAAGAGCAUAGCAUGUGGCAGUUUCCAUUCACUUUGUCUUUCAGAGGAAGGCGAUGUGUAUAACUGGGGAUACGGUCCAGGGUGUGGUUCAGGCGAUGACUUGUUGUACCCUUCGUUGGUUCACGGUGUAGAAGAAAUGCUUGUUUCAUUAGCUGCAGGGGAUAGCCAUUCCGUUGCCGUGUCCAUAAAUGGGAAUAUAUUUGCUUGGGGUAGCAACAAAGAGGUAAGAGCAAGGCAACAUCGAACAAAUCAAAGCUUUGGGAAGGAUUGUUUGCAAGGAGCAAGUCGCUUUGGGAAAAUACGUACGAAAUUUACCACCAAAACAAUUUUUUUUUUAAAUUUUCCAAGUAAACAUUGGGCUUUCACCAAAAAUGUAAGGGAAUUUCAUGAAGUGAUUGGUCCCUCGAUUGUUUGCUUAUUUAUAAGCCGUGAACAGGCACUACGUUCGUUUGCAAAUAUGGAUGAGAUGACAAUAUAUUUUUGCUUUUUACAGGGACAAUUGGAAGCAUCUCUGAGCGAGAUGCAAACCCAGGUGCCGAUAAAUCUGACAGAGGUUUUACAAAUUGGUCCUUCUCUUGAAAUUGCAUGUAGAGAUGAUACCACUGCGACUAUACUCCAAGAUGGCACAUUGUACAUGUGGGGUAAAAACAUGUGGGAAGUUCUUGUUGGAGGCAAAUCAACUCACAGUUUUAUUCGAGGACCUUUUAAAGUUCAAACGAUUAGUGAAAAUGUCUUAAAAGUAGCACUUGGUUCUUGGCACGUAGCCGUUAUUUUAGCCGAACAAGGUGAAGAUAUGGAAGUUAAAAACUUGGAACAAAAUGAAGUAUGCCCAUUUUGGCAUUCUGGCACUAGCAAAAAGAAUUUCGGAGGCAAUAGUAAAAUUAAUCAGACGAGGGUCCUGGGAAAACCUAGCGUCAGUGACGGAAUUCUCCUUGAUAUGGAGUUAGAUGAUUUCGAAUUUAUAGACGAUAAUGGGUUCAAAAGUCCGCACGAAGACCAAAAAACUGAACGGCAAACAAAGGAAUCGCCGCAGUUGACGCUGCAGACAACGCAAUCAAAACAGGAAAAAUGUUCCUCCCCUGACAGCUUUCUGUUGGAAUGUGUCGAAAGAGAAAAUUUGUCGAAUUUUGAAAAUUCAGACAGAGCUUGUUUUGGUUCAAAAGAACAGUUUGGAAGUUCGUUUGGGUGCAACGACUACUUAGCGUCAAGUUCGAAAACAGACAUGAACGCCAAUAUAUUGAACAAUAACUGCAAAAAGCAAAUUCAUAACAAAUGGCUCAGGGAUAGUAAACAAAUGCUUAAAAACUGCCCAUGGACAGAAGAAGUCGUAAGUAGGACCUAUCGUAACCAUCGUAAAAGCUAUUCAGUGAAAGGAAAAACGCAGCCAUUAAAGAAUCCUUCUGCCACUAUGGCAACGUGGAACAUUGAGUCGAUUCUCGACGUGACAUCGAGGUUGCAGCCUCCAUGCGCGAAAGAUCACGGAAAAACAGAGGGAAAACAGGAGGUUGGCGGCAGAAAGACGGAUAUCCCUGAAAAUAUGUCAAGCAGACGAGCUGCUCCAAGCUGUGACGAAAUAAUGAGCCUUUGCAGUGUCCAAAGCCUGGAUUUCUCAAAACUACGAGGAAACGAAGAUUGGAAGAAAAACAAAUAUUCUCGGAGCCUGACCAAGAGCUGAGUAAAGAGUGAUGAAAUCUAUAUCAAAAAGUUCAUCUAUUUGAUAUUCAACCGUAUU